UCACCUCUUCAAGAGACUAUAGGCUACACUCGGCAUGGCACAUAAACUGUAGAGCUCACUUUGGAACCUCUUCACUCGGGAUCUCUGGAUUUACAGCACUUGCUUAUUACUUCCUAUACGAUAUUUUUUCUUUGAGAGAAGGAGAAUUCUCCAAACACUCAGCGUCCUGCGUCGAACUUGAUAGUAUUUUCUGAACCCUGCUAGUCUACAUGAGGAAACGCUAAAUCAUCACAAAUUGAGCAGGUCUCGAGUCACUGGAAAGGCGCUUCUCGGCACGGACUCAUUCCGCCUGUUCUAAGAUGCUGGACGGUAUUAAAAUCGAAGAUCAUCUCAGAACUGGAGCAGCUACUCUUGGCGUUAUGAUUGGAGCUGAUUGUCAUCAUCAGGCGGUGUGCGAGGGUUGUCAGCGGCCCAUAUCCGACCGAUUUCUGAUGCGGGUCAACGAAUCCUCUUGGCACGAGGAGUGCUUGCAGUGCGCCGUGUGUCAUCAGCCACUUACCACAACUUGUUACUUCAGAGAUAGGAAACUAUACUGCAAAGUCGACUAUCAACAGCUGUUUGCCACCAAGUGCAGCGGCUGCCUGGAGAAGAUCGCGCCCACCGAGUUUGUGAUGCGCGCGCUGGAGAGCGUCUACCACCUGGGCUGCUUCAGCUGCUGCGUGUGCGAGCGGCAGCUGUGCAAGGGCGACGAGUUCGUCCUGAAGGAGGGCCAGCUGCUCUGCAAGAGCGACUACGAGAGGGAGAAGGAGCUGCUCAGCUCCGUCAGCCCGGAGAACUCGGACUCAGAGAAAAGCGAGGACGAGGACUUGGACGUGAAGCCAGAGAAGGGUUCUGGGGGCCCCGGGAAGGGCAGUGACGACGGCAAGGAUCCGCGCAGGCCCAAGCGACCGCGCACCAUCCUAACCACCCAGCAGAGGAGAGCCUUCAAGGCCUCUUUCGAAGUCUCUUCCAAACCUUGCCGAAAGGUGAGAGAGACGCUGGCGGCCGAGACGGGUCUGAGUGUGCGAGUGGUCCAGGUGUGGUUCCAGAACCAAAGAGCUAAGAUGAAGAAGCUAGCCCGGAGACAGCAACAACAGCAGGAGCAACAGAACUCCCAAAGGCUAGGCCAAGAAGUGAUCUCAGGCCGUAUGGAGAGCCUCCUGAGCUCCUACACACCGCUGGGCCCCCCCCAGCAGCUGGUGGCCAUGGAUCAGAACGGCUACAGCACGGACCCCUUCCAGCAGGGCCUCACCCCCCCACAGAUGCCUGGGGACCACAUGAACCCCUAUGGAAACGACUCCAUCUUCCAUGACAUUGACAGCGACACGUCCCUGACCAGCCUCAGUGACUGCUUCAUGGCCGCCUCGGACGUGGGCUCCCUGCAGGCGCGGGUGGGGAACCCCAUCGAUCGCCUCUACUCCAUGCAGAGCUCCUACUUUGCCUCCUGAAAGCCGACUCCUGGUCAACGAGGGUGGGGGAGGUCGACACGCAGUCAGUACACACAACUGUACAGCCAUAAAACAAGUCUUUGCCUCAAGAAAAGAACAGCAGGUUUGAAGAAAAGCAAUUCAAGAGCGAGUUGUGGAAAAAAAUAAACGUUGACCCGCCGUUGGCUCCGAGCCAAGAAUGAAACGGAGAAGGACAAACUUGAAACUGAAAUUGGACACUUUCUCUCUCCCCCUGUGAUGGAGAGACGGCCGAAGCUCCAUUACCUACAGGGUUCAGUACGAUAUUGGAAUAUUGUUCGUGGGCCUUUUGUAUAGUAAAGAAACAAGAAAUCAUAAGAAUUAAGUCCAUUGUGCUUGGGACAAGACAAUUUGAAGUCCACUGUUGUACAGCCGAGGAAAGUUGGAUAUUUGUUUUACAAUAAUACUAAAAGGAAUAAGUGUUUAUUAUUAUGUACUUAGUCCAAGUCACUGAUUUUUGAUUUGUAGAGUCCAACCAAAAUGCAGCAGAGAAAUGAGUCCAGCUCCGUGCAUGGGACCAAGCUUUACGACAAGCAGGAUAUUGAAUCAAAGUAUACACUAAAACAACACCAAAUUGGAUAUUGCAGUGUUUAAAGUUGGUAUAUGUUGUUCAUGUUUCUUUAUUGACACUACAAUAAGCAUAGAUCAUUUUGAUGACAUAUAUGUUAGCCAUUAAGCUUAUUGGAUGUAAGAUAUUAAAGACUCUGUGAAAGAGAGAGGAGGAGAAAAUGAUCGUCUUGUUUGUUGUUUUAUUUGUUCAGUGUAUAUAGUGUAUGUGGAACAUUCUCAAAAACCAAGCAGUUUUGCAUGUUGAAAUGGACAGCAAUCUAUUUAUUUAACGCCAACAUGCUUAGUGGUACAGAAAUUGAAAAAGCUUUAUUUAAAAAGGCAAGGAUCCCAAUGUAAAGUAGUGAGAAGCAUUAUGAUGACUUACUUUGUCCUUUGAUUAUGAAAUUUAUAGUAGUAUUUUUGUUGUUGUGUAAAUUAGGCUGUAAAUCAGUAUCACUGUGCUAUUUAUUUGUUACAAGCUCACUGAGACCUUGUUGAGAGUGCAUUUCUAAUGCUGAUAUUGCUAAAUUACCAAAGUUUGUUGGUACUACAAAUAAAAUCCCCA